AGAAAGGAUCACAGUGGGGAGGCUGCACUGGAAAGCUAUAAACAAGCAUCAAUGUAUGUAAUUUAAAGACGGCUGAGAAAGAAACAUGCGACCGCGCCAGCGAAGCUUGUGUGUAUGAGGAUUUUAGGGCUGGGUCUGUUUUGAUGCGCCGUCCCGGCUGUGCGCUCAGGAGCAACACGGCGCGUCAAAGAAGUCAGAUUUCUCAGGGCGACUGGUGUUUACACGGGAGCCAUCCAGAGCCACGUUUUAGCAAGCAAGCUUGGUUGGUACAGUACAGUGCGAGACUGUUCAGCGUUUGACUCACUGCCCAUGCAAACAGUGGAGGAACAGACACAAACACAGGACCAUAAAAGUGACUUUUCUUGAAAUACCUGAAGGAAAGUGUCCAGCGUAGAGGUUUUUGAGUGUCAUGGAGUGCUGCAGCUGAUCGACGGGGCGAGCACAUGUUGUGCGUGUAGCUAGUCUCCUGGUUGGAUGAACUUUCACUUGAUGUGGACAUGAGAAGUGUUGCAAACUAAGCACGACUGCAUCUGCCCUUGGCAUCAUUUUUGAAAGUUAUCUACAUUAUGAUACAUCGGCAUCGUUUUUGAAGGUAAUCUAAAGAAUGCUACAAAGCUAUUAUUUCUGAGAGUAAUUUUUAGUCCUGCAUCGCUGUCAACGAGCUUCGGUCGAAAGUCUGCUGGGUCGACAUGGAGGGUCGGGAUGAGAGGGAGAACACUCCUCCGAAGUCGGACAGGAGGUUCGCCCUGACUUACAUCGGCUGGUCCUCGCUGGACAGGCGGACCACCCUGCCCAUGCUGCCGUGGCUGGUGGCUGAGAUCCGCAGAAGGAGUGAGAAAGGGGACUGCGGCCCCGUGGUGCAGCCGAGAGAAGUUCAGCUGAUCCUCAUCCCCCCUUUCAUCCGCUGCGUCCCCUCCAACAGCACCAACUCUUCAGUCUUCAUAUUCGAGCACAAAGCACAGCUCAUCUCUCGCUUUAUCCACAACAGCAAUGACCUCACCUAUUUUGCCUAUCUCCUGCGGGGCCAGCCUGACAACCCCGAGUCCGAGAUGUCCUGUCAUGUCUUUAAGGCCUGCGACCCCAACCAGGUCCCUGAGGUGAUCAGCAGAAUUCGUCAAGUGUCCAAAUCAGCCCUAAAGGAAGAUGCCAAGCCCAAACAGGAAGCUGAGGAAGCCUUCUACAACUCCCAGAAGUAUGAAGUGCUUUACUGUGGCAAGGUGACAGUUCUACACAAAAAGGCUCCAUCCACCCUCGUCGAUGACUGCAUCGAUAAGUUUCGUCAGCAUGAAAUCGAGCGCAAGCGCUUGCGGCUGCUCAAUGGUCAGCGAGGGUCCACAGAGAGCGCCCCCGUGGAGUUUGUCAUGGGGGGAGAAGGAGACCCCCUCUCCUCUGUUCUGAAUGAGAGCACAGAAGACCCUCAGGGCCCUGGAGCGGAGGACAUGACUGGAGGUGGUGGUAAAGGUUUGUCUAACAGUGCCAGUCAGAGCAGCCUGCGAGGAUCCUUCCCUGAGUGCAUCCUGGAGGAUUCUGGAUUUGAGGAGCCUCAGGAGUUUCGGACGCGCUGCAGCAGCCUUGCAGGGAGCCUGAUGAGGAAGCCAGGGGAGGGCGUCAUCAUGGGCCCCACGCGCCGAAGACAUUCUAGUGCGCCAAACCACGUCCAGCCGUCUGAUGCAGACAAGAACCGCACCAUGCUCUUCCAGGUCGGACGUUUUGAAGUUAACCUCAUAAGUCCAGACAGUAAAACAGUGGUGCUGGAGAAGAACUUCAAAGAUAUCUCAUCCUGCUGUCAGGGUAUCAAGCAGUCCGACCAUUUUGGGUUCAUCUGUCGGGACCAGUCAGAUUCUGGUCCCAGUCAGUAUGUUUGCUUCGUUUUCCAGUGUGCCAGUGAGUCCUUGGUGGAUGAGGUGAUGCUUACCCUGAAGCAGGCCUUCAGUACAGCCGCUGCCUUACAGAGCAACAAGACUCAGAUCCAGCUGUGUGAAGCCUGCCCCAUGCACGACCUGCAUAAGCUGUGCGAGCGGAUUGAAGGUCUCUACCCACCCAGGGCAAAGCUAGCCAUCCAAAAAUAUCUCUCCCAGCUGACUGACAAUGAGCAGGCUGAGAUUUUUGAGCGAGUUCAAAGAUUGAAACCUGGCUCAGAUCAAGAGGAGAAUGAGCUGGUGAUUCUCCAUCUGAGACAACUCUGUGAAACCAAACAAAAGUCCCAUCUCCACAUUGGAGAGGCCCCUCAGAAUGCAGCAAACAGCUCGUCAGCAGGAGAUAGCACAGCUGCCAGCAGCCGCUUCAAACUUGAUAUUCUCAAGAAUAAAGCCCGCACCUCCAUCACCAACUCUCUGGAGAACAUCUUAGCACGGGGUGCCAGCCGGAUGCGCGGCCGCUUGGGAAGCAUGGGAAGCAUUAGCAGUUUUGAAAGGCAGGAUGAAGAAUCUCCUGGUCACUCCCCUCCAGGUUCGCCUCCUGCUUUACCUGACGACGACCCGGAAACCGGCGUGCAGUUCCGUAGGCGUGCCCACACCUUCAGCCAUCCACCUGUGAAAAAACGCAUCUCGUUCGAGGGCCAGCCGGCCAGCCAGAGCAAACAGGCUCCACUGCGCAGGCAGCAGUCCGUUAACCCAGAGCUGCUGCAGAGCAGUCCCGUGGCCGUCUCGAGAACGCGCAGCGUUUCGGAGAGCGAGUCCUCCUUCAGCCUCCCCUCCACUUUCUCCGCUCCCACUUUCCUGAAAAGCAUUUACCAGGGCUCACUGGGCUCCCUGAGCUCCCUGGCAGACAGUGGGAGCCUCAAGAGCGAUGGUGAAGGCAGGAAGAGGACCCUCUCUGGCUGCAGCAGUGACUCAGUGAGUGGGCUCCCUCUGACCUCACGCAGGAUCUCUUGGAGACAGAAGAUCUUCCUGAGGGUCGCAUCACCCAUGAUAAAGGCGUCUGCAUCCAUGCAGCACCCAGACCACUUUGCUGACAGGGAACUGUUGCCUCUCUCCCCGCGUGCCUGCGAUUCAAGUCUGGAUCCCUUGGGGCACCUGCUGCCGUCGGGGGAGAGGCCUAAGAGGACGGGGGCUGACUAUCGGGCCCUCUGGAAGACUGCCAUCCACCAGCAGAUCCUGCUGCUGCGCAUGGAAAAGGAGAACCAGAGACUGGAGGAAGCGAGCAGAGAUGAGCUGCACAUCCGCAAGAUGAAGCUCAACUACCAGGAAGUGGGCCAGUGCUCCAAAGAAGCACAGACACUGUGGGAGAGAAAACUGACAGCCCCGGGUAGAACAACAGUCCCACAAGACAAGGAGGAAAUGUAUCGCGCUCUCUGCCAAGGUAUUCCCAAGAACAGGCGUGGGGAUGUGUGGAUGCUCCUCUCCCAUCAGCACCGGCUGCGUCACAGACUGCCUCAGCGUCAGCAAGCCCCGGACACCCCUUACCGUGAUCUGCUCAAGCAGCUCACCGCCCAGCAGCAUGCCAUUCUGGUGGAUCUAGGCCGGACCUUCCCCACCCACCAGUACUUCUCAGCUCAGCUGGGUGCAGGGCAGCUUUCCCUCUACAACCUCCUGAAAGCCUACUCUCUGCUGGAUACAGAGGUUGGCUACUGCCAGGGUAUCAGCUUUGUGGCUGGGGUGUUGCUGCUGCACAUGAGCGAAGAACAGGCCUUUGACAUGCUGAAGUUCCUCAUGUAUGACCUCGGUAUCAGGCAGCAGUACAAACCUGACAUGGUGUCUCUGCAGAUUCAGAUGUACCAGCUCUCCAGACUGUUACACGACUAUCACCGCGAGUUGUACAGUCACUUGGAGGAGCACGAGAUCUGCCCGAGCCUCUACGCAGCGCCGUGGUUCCUCACUCUCUUCGCCUCACAGUUCCCGCUCAGCUUUGUGUCCCGCAUCUUUGAUUUUGUAUUUUUCCAAGGGACUGGGGUGAUCUUUAAAGUGGCCCUCUGUCUGCUGAGCAGUCAUGAGGGGGAGAUAGUAGAGUGUGACAGCUUUGAGAGCAUUGUGGACUACCUGAAAACUACACUUCCUGCCCUCACCCACACCCAGAUGGAGCAGACCAUUGCAAAGGUAAUGGAGAUGGACAUCUCCAAGCAGCUGCACGCCUACGAGGUGGAGUACCAUGUCCUGCAGGAUGAGAUUUUAGAUGCCGGACCGCUGCUUGAUGACUCUGACCGGCUCGACAAACUGGAAAAGACAAAUGUUCAGUUGAAGAAACAAAAUAUGGACCUGCUGGAAAAACUUCAGGCUGCACGGCAGAAGAUUCAGACGCUGGAGACGAGCGUAGAGAACUUCCUUUCUCGGGAGAGUAAAAUGAAGCACAUGAUUCGCUCUCUGGAGCAGGAGAGGGCAGCUUACCAGAAGACCAUUGAACGCAUGCGCUCAUGCCUUCCCCCUGACGCCCUGACAGAUGUGGAGAUGACCCAGAUCAAAACAGGACCCAACGGGAAAGCCAAAACUGCAGCCAAGAAGCCCUGAUGGCAGCAGAGGGGCAGGCUGCUCUGGGCAGAUGCACAGGCAGACACUGAAGUGAACAAAUGGAGACUGUUUUAGUGGAAGGCUGCGGAGACCAACAGCUAUUGUUAUACUGCUGCACAGGAGUAGCAGCGUUUUGUAAAUGUGUGAUGUCUUGUCGAGAGACACACAGACUAUGGUAAAUAUCUACAUGAUAUUUGUCAGCAUAUAAUAGUGUGGUGGGAGGAUGGUUUCAGUUAUAUUAGCAAACAGGCUGUUCCAUCAGUGCAUCAAAGCUGGUGUUGUGUCUCAUUUGUUUCACUGCCAGUUUGAAGGUGAGAUCAAGAUGCACAACAUCCUUGCCUAUUCAGAUCUUUUUUGGUAAUCACAGGGGAAUAUUCUAGAUUGACACCAGUGAGAAAUGUCUGUCUCUGCACAUUUUUCUAACACUGCCUUUAUGUGCUUACUACCAGUCACAGUAGCACCACGACAGCAUUGAGAAGAAGGUGCCUGUUGGCUAACAGUCCUUUGGACCUCAGGUUCAACUUAUAGCCAUUACCAGUGUGUAUGAUCCUGGAGCUGAUACCCCAGUGUCUUUGUUGUUUUUGAACUCUGUCUCUGUGAUGGAAACUCUGCCUCAAUAAUCACAUUGCUUUCUUAUUUCCUUUAAUUCACUUGAAAUUUUUGUGAAUGUAAUUUCCCUCCAAAGAUUAUUGUGAUAACAUUCUAUUUUUCACAACAGUAGCAUCUGGAUGCACAUGUCUGCCAUGUAAGUCUUUGAAAUUUCGGCAGGCAUUCAGUGUCUUGUUGCUUAUCUCUCAGCAGAGUACUUCUGCAUUCACGUGAGAUAUCUUUAGUAAUUGCACUUGCUGCAUUUAAGGAGGAAGUGUUUCUUCCAAAGCUCAGACAGGAUGUGAGGUUGUCUGCCUUCUCAGUUUCCUGUGUGACUGACCGCGACGUCUUGUUUUAGCACCACAUUGAGAGCCCGAAGCAGAGUUCACCCUCCCCAGGAGGCACUGAAAAUCAGACUAAAGUGGAGCAUUGAUCUGAAUGUACAGCACGUGCUUCUGUUUUAAACGUCUGUAUGACAUUUUUGUUUUUGUCUACCCAAGGUAACUAGCGAUGCCCUCUCUUCCUGUACUUCUUGAGGUGAGACUACAAUCAGCAAGUGUUGUUUGGCUCACCACGAGCUGUCAAGGCAACAUAUAUCUGCAGUUGCAUUGCUGUUUUUCACACAGUCAGUUUUAUGUUUGCAGUGUUUAUGUGAGUAGAGAGACUGCAAAGAAGAAGAAGAAGACAAUUCAGUUUCCUUUUGAGUGGAGACAGAUCUCUUCUGAUUCUGGGCAAUAAAGACAGUAUCCAGUAUGCACUUACUCGCAUACACACAAACUGAGCAGUGAACUGGCUGACUGCUUGGACAGACAGUUCAAAUGAGUUGAAAGAGUGUCCGUGGCUCUCUCCUCAGUUUUGUUUUAUCCCACCUCCGUGUCUGACUCAUCAUUGCCGUUUCUGAUUGAAAGCAAAAACAGUGUUGGGCUUGACCUGGCUUUCAUAGAAAACCCUUAUAUUAAAACCAAGGUGAUGUCUGUGAUGAAAAAAGCACUCACUAAAAGUGUCUAUCAGUCUUCCUGUCCUUGGUGACAAGUUGUGGUGACACAUUUGUGUCUAUUUCAGUGUAAAGUUUUUAUUCUCAAACUUUAGUCCAAGCUGACAUAUCCUUUGGUAUGCUAUGCGGUAUAUCUAGCAGUUCUGUGUAUUUGCAUAUACUCAGAGCGCUUGCCUACUUUUGCUAAGUUACGAGAGUUUUAGUAGUUCACAUAAAGUUGGAUGGGUUGAUAAAUCUGGCCUGAGUACUCUGUAAUGGUCAAAUGUUCUUGUGGUUCUUAAGGUGACGUAAACGUUUGCACCAAACCUCUCAUAAAUAAUAGAGAAAUAGUCACCUCUGAAGAGCAGGGAUUUUCUCAGCAGUCCAGAAGAUUAAACAUAUCAAACCGGUCAUUUUGAAAUCUGUCAAAGAAUAUGUAAGGAUACGUUACUACACAGCUCGCCUGCCUCUUUUUUUGCCUAUUUUGCAUAUCUACAGUAUUUCUGCAUCAUGUAAGUUGACCAACCAAAGAUGUGGUUGUUUUUCAAUAAUGUGUGAAUGCAAAAUGAAUUAAUUCAUUGGUAUACUGUGAGGUCUUGUAUGUUAUAUAUGGUAACUUUGUCUCUACACCUUUUCAGCAUUCAGAUUGGUUAUCAAAGCUUGAAAAGUUAUUGGUGGUAAAAACUUGACACACUAAAAAAGAAGAAAAAUGAAGAAGACCCAUUUGCAGACUUGUUUAUGAAUUAUUAUCAUCUUAUUCCUUUGUGCCAAAAGUUAACAAUGGCCUUCUCUCCAUUAAUCGGAGAUAGACCAUUUGUCAGUAUGUAAUGUUAAGCACAUCCUCAUGAUCAGCAAAGGGUCUGUAUCUAACAUCAGGUGCUGUGAGUGCUGACUACUGAGUAGUGCUUGUAUCACUGUGUUUUAAGGAAAAGCACUUAAAAAUAGAUGAAUUGUUUUUUCUGUCAACAUGAGGGCUACACAAAAAGCAAAGAAACUGUCAUGAAUUCUUCAAUAAACUUUACCUUGCCUUUUUUUCUGUA